AUGCCCCAUCAAGAGUCCGACACCGAGAGAAGAUAUAAGCCAUGUCAGGUGUUAUCUGAGCAUCAAGUCCCCCACGUCAUCUGGUUCGAAGAUACUCUUCACCAUUAUGGCGUUCCCACAUUCAUGUUUAAUCUCUAUCUACUUGUCUCGGACCUUGACGAGGCAGCCGAAUCGCUUGUGAAGGCUGGAUGGGUUAUUGAUUCAGGGCCACGUAAAAUUGGGAACGCGAAGGUGGAGCUCCCACAAAAGCGACUUGUUUCUCCGAACGGCCAGACAAUAACUGUUCUUCUUCCGGCUGAACAGUGGAAGUUUCCUCUGAGAGGCGACUCACAUUCUGACGAUGUGCCACUGACAGUGGAUUCAUCACACGGGAAUCUGUCCUUCCCAACACUACCAGGUUUCCUUGAUGCACUGAUUGAGAGUUGGCUAGAUUGUCCUAGUGAUGAUGCUAUGUUGUUGCUUCACUUGGCUUGCCAAAUCUCUUAUAUUUAUGCCCAUGUAGCUGUCGCAAAACAGCUAUCGUUCGCCGAACAGAUGAAAUAUGAACACCGCCAGUUUCACUUUGAUGUGUUGGCAGGAAUGGAGACGGGCACUGUUCAAUUCAGAAAGCACCAACGUGCUAUUCGAGAUGCACUCUUACAGGGCCAGUAUGAACUACGGGAAUGCUCGGCGCCUCGUGAUGAUAAAGACCUUUUUGAUACAGGCAGAGCGGGGAUAUCCUUAUAA